AUGGUUGCUCAAACAACGACAAUAGAAUCAGUUACAGUUAUUAGGCCUUUGAAGAUUACUGCAUUAUUAUGUUUGAUUAUUUCAUUAGGACUUAUGAUUGCAGCACUAUCAACAAAUAAUUGGUUAAGAACAGGUUCUUAUCAUACAGGACUUUUUAAUGAAUGUACAGAUACUGGUGGUUUAGAUAGUUUAAUUAAACCAAUAAGUGGAUCACCAUUACCAGGACAAUGCCAAAAAACCAAAGAUUAUGCCUAUGUCAAAGCUGUCAUAUCUCUAUUAAUAAUUUCUUGUAUCAUCAUCUUAUUUGCCUCCAUCUCAAAUAUAUUAGGUUUAAAAUCAGAUGAUCAACAUAGAAAAUAUUUAUAUCAUAAAGUGGCAACUGGCCUAACAUUUCUAGCAGUGUUAUGUGAUAUAUUAUCAUUAAUAAUAUAUCCAGCCUGUUUUUAUAAUAUUAUGUCAAUGCUCCAAAUACGACAUUGGGAACUUGAUUAUAGUUAUGCUAUAGCAUGGGGAGCUUUUUCAUUUGCCUUUACAGCAUUAUUAUUAAAAAUUUGUGACAAAGAACAUGAAGAAGUAUAUUAUAAAGAAAAAACUGUUUAUAAUCCACCACAACUUUCAUAA